AAAAGUUUUCACUAUAAAAGCCCACUGCCGGCAGCGUCUUAACAACAGUUUGUUCAUCGAUACUCGAUAGCACACACAUACCGUUAAUUUCCCUCCUUCCUUUUUUUACAUAAAGUGAUUUUAGAUUUGAUCACCAUGAAGGUACUCAUCGUAGCAAUGUUGGCUUUGACCAUUGCCAUUGUCGCCGCUGAAGAAAAAUACACAACCAAAUACGAUAGCAUUGAUAUUGAAGAAAUCUUGAAAUCAGAUCGUUUGUUCAAGAACUACUUCAAUUGUUUGAUGGAAUCUGGCAAAUGUACUCCAGAUGGUCGUGAAUUGAAACGAGUUCUUCCUGAUGCAUUGAAAACUGGCUGUGUCAAGUGCAGUGAGAAACAACGUGCUGGUACUGAACGUGUUUUGAAGUACAUUAUUGAAAACAAACCAGAACAAUGGAAGGCUCUGCAAGCUAAAUACGAUCCCGAUGGUGUUUACUUCAAGAAGUACGAAAACGAAGCUAAGCAACUUGGAGUUAAGGCUUUUAAAACAAUGUUCGGUCGUGCAAUUAUUUUCGGUCUGUUCCUGAUGACAGGAUUAGUUCAAUCCCAUCCUACUACAAAUUCAGCAGAAGCCACUACUCCUCGAGAAACUUACGAUACAAAAUUCGAUAACAUCGAUAUCGAUGAAAUACUUGGUAGUGAACGUCUAUUAAAGAACUAUGUAAAUUGUUUAGCUCGUGAAGGUCCUUGUACACCCGAUGGAAAAAUGUUGCAAGCGGUCACAUCGCCAUUUCAAUUUUUCAGAAAUUCUUCCCGACGCGGUGUCAACAGAUUGCGUGAAAUGCACACCGAAACAGAAGAUCGGUUCGGAGAGGGUGACACAUUAUCUAAUCGACAACAAACCACAGGAUUGGGAACGAUUAGAAAGAUUAUACGAUCCGCAAGGAAGUUAUCGAAAAGCCUACUUGGAACAGAAGGUCGAAGGGACAAAGGAAUCAGAGAAAUAAGUUUGACGGUAAGACAGGAAAGCCUUCUAUAAAAAAUUGUAUUUUUUAAACAGAGUCGAACAAAAUUUAUUCUUGGAUGUAAAAAUAAUAAAAAUUGCAUUUAAAUAAAUA